UCUGUAUAAUUAUACUUUUAGAGAAAGAAAAAAAUAAUGUCAGAUUCUACAGAUGAAAAAAAAUUAAAUCCUGUAACCAAAGAGGUAAAUGAGGAUACAUUACAUGAUUCUGUAACUUGUAGUGAUGUUAAAUGUACUUUGGAUGAUACAGGAUUGCAAGAGUGUAAUAUAACAGAUGAAUCUGUAAUUAAAAUUGAUGAUUCUAUAAAAACUUCAGCUGCAGCAUCGAAUUACAUUAAAACUGAUAAAACAAAUGAAGAAAUAUCAGAAAUUUUGCCGUUUGAUAAUAAAGUCGAAGUAAUUCUUCAGGAAAAUAAAGAAAUAUUGGAAACGUCAGACGAAUGUAAUAAUACUAUUAUUUCUGUUAUAGAUAAUGAAUAUAAAAUUAAUAAUGAAAAAGAAAAAGAAAAAUCUAAAUUAUGUGAAACUAAAGAAAAUAAUGAAACAGAAGAUUUUAUUGAAUUUUCAUUUAUUUUCGAAGAAAAUUUUUCACGUCGGUCAUUAAUGAAAGAAUACGUUGAAGAAGAAUCAAAUAUAUUUAAGAAGUCUUCGAAUAAUGUGAAUUUAUUAGAUACAAAUACUCUUGAGAUUGUUAAUGAUACUGAAAUUAAACGAGUUAAAGAUACUAAACCAUUAAAAGAAAACUUAAUAAAUAAUCUUUCUAAUGAAGAAUUAAAUUCUUCUACUCCUCAAAUGUUUGAAGAGAAAUUAAUCUGUGUCAAAAAAUAUGAAGAAGAAGCAUGUCCUCAAAUUUCUAAUAAAUCUGAUCAUUCGAAUGUAACUUUUAAUAAUUCUAUAGCAAGUGAAGAAUCGUCACAAUUAUCGGAAAUAACAGAAAAUUUAGUUGAUUCUUGUUUGCCAGAAUUAGAAGUGAAGAAGAAUGAUGAAUUAUCGAAAAAAUUAGAGUCUGAAACGAAUAAACAGGCACAAACAAUUCAUCCGGUGAAUAAAGGGUUAUUAGAUGUAUCAAUCACUGAAAAAGAGGAAAAUUCAGUUGUUCAGGAAAAUAUAAAAAUAACGAAAGAAUUAGAUAAUCAAACUUCAGAAAAAAUUUCAGUCGAGGAAUCUUUAACGGAAAACUUAAAUUUGUCUCUCUUGUCUGCUUCCCAUGAACAAAACAAACAUAUUGAUACUAAUUUAGAUAAAGAAAUGUCUGAAGUAUGUGCGGAAACACCACAUCAAUCAGAAAGAAUCAUAAAAACUAUACCCGACAAUAAUUCAGAAAAUGAUUUAAAAUUAGAUAUUCCGAAUUUAGAAAAUCAAUCAACACUACUAUAUAAAAAUAAUUAUGAACUACAAGAAGAGUCUGUAGAGUCUGUUUUGGAGAAAGAAACUGUUGAUUCAGCUGAGCAAAUCGAAGAACCGUCUUCUGUUAAAGAAAUACAUCAUAGAGAAUCAAUUACGAAUGUAAACGAAGAUUCUAUUACAUCUAGCGAAGUAUUAGAAUCUAAUUAUCCUACUCCAGUUGAUGAUAUCGAAAUUAAAGAAUUAAUUAGUAGCGAAACUAAUUACCAUAAACUCUUUCCUGAUGAAGGAAGUAACGAUAUGAUAAAUUCAAAUAUAAAAUCAAUACGUUUACAUGAAGAAAAUUAUAUUCGAAUAAAUUCUUGUGAAUAUAAUUUUGCAGAACGAAUAAUUUGCGAAUGUUUUGUGAGAAAUUCAAAAGAUAUUUCAAAGCAGGAAACUAUUGAAAGCGAUUUUGAGAGGAAGAUAUCGGAAACGAAUGCAUUAACGGAAACAAAAGCCUUUGAAUCUAUUGAAACUGGUAAAACGAAUGAUCUUUCAGAUCUUGAGUCAAAAUCAAUAUCUUCAGAAAUCGAUAAAACUGUUAAUAACUUAAAUCUUCACUUAAAAAAUGACGAGGAAAUUCCUAUUACAGAAAUUUCUGCUGAUACUUUAGCAGAGAAACUCUUUGGAUUAAUUGAAGAACAUUUAAAUUCAUCAAAUAUUAAAAUCUGCAGACUUUGGCAAAGAUAUCCUACAAAAACACCACAAUAUAUAAAAGCUGGCAUGCAUAAUUAAAAAAGCUUUUACGUCCAUUAAAAUCUUUAACCAUCAUCGAAUGGUGAUUAAAUAUUAGAUAAUUACCAUUUUAUGUUUUUUAAACUUCUCCAUAGUAAUGAAUAAAUAUACAAAUUCAUACGAUACUAAAAAUAUCCGCAAAGAAUAUAAAUAAUGUUUUUCAAUAAAAAGAAUAAAUUAAAUUGUUAUUCAGAUCCCAGAUCUACGAAAAACUAUCGACAUUGAAAGUAAUUAUCUUAAUUGCUUUAAUUGCAUUUUCACAAUAAAUGUUACCUAA